GUCUGUGUGUGUGUGUGUGAAAGUGUGUGAGGUGGGGGAGCAUGUCCACCCAUUUGGGCAUCAUUAAUUCCUGCUCCUGUUCUUGCCUCUGGACCACCUUAAUGUUCAGAGAGAGGCAAAGAUAAAACUGAGAGGCUGGAGGUGUGUGAGGGUGUGUGUGUGUGACUGAAUGACAUAAAAGCAUGCGACCGGUCUGAGGCAUGGCAAAUUGAAACGGCCCAGGUGAGGAGGAGACUCAGGACUCUCAUCCUCCCCCUCCUCUUCCUCUUCGCUCCUUCCCUCCCUCCCUGUGACGUGGUGUGUAUCAGUGUUUGCUGUGUGUGUGGGUGAGAAAGCGAAACAGGUCAGCAGUGCCUCAGCACACUGGGAACCUUCACAGGAGGAAGCAGCCCUCUGCAGACUCAGGUCUUUGAUGAGAGGAAUAGUCAAGAGAGGACUCCUUCAUUUCCAAGACCAUCUACGUCAAGGUGAAGACUCAAAUCAUCGUCUGCCAACCUCCAAACUCAAAUCCCCCUCUAGUUACUAUGACCAACAUCAAAGGCUGAACUUCUCAGAUUCCCCCUUUGACAGAGGAGGAUGGGUGAUGGACCCGUGAAAUUCAGCAAACUCCCUCCUCUUCAUUCCAUCUUCUCAUGGAGCAUACCAUCAGACCACGACCCUCCUGGAACAACGCGUCCGCCGCCUCCACAUUCCUAAACUCUUUUUGGCCAAAUGUCUCCAACAUAACCAGACAAAUUGGAAGUACCGAUAAUGGGAUAGAUCUGAAUCAGACCUUGGGGCUGUGCGCUAUGCUCGUCAUGGACAUCCUGGCAGUGGUGGGGAACUUGGCUGUGAUGAUCGUCAUCACUAAAACGCCGCAGCUGAGGAAGUUUGCCUUUGUGUUCCACCUCUGUCUGGUGGACCUGCUGGCGGCGGUGCUGGUGAUGCCGCUGGGGAUGCUGUCAGACCGGAUCCUGGAGGACGAGGCCCUGUGUCGAAGCUACCUCUGCUUGAGUGUGUGUCUAGUGAGUGCCGCCAUCCUCACCAUCUGUGCCAUCAACGUGGAGCGGUACUACUACAUCGUCUACCCCAUGCGUCACGAGGUGAAGAUGACGGUUGGGGUGGUGGUAGCGGUGCUAGUUGGGAUCUGGAUUAAAGCUCUCGUCAUGUCCAUGCUGCCCCUGCUAGGAUAUCUGUUUCAGGGUUCCCCGACUGUGGGGACUCCUGAAGUCCUCGUUCCCAGUCAGAGACACUGCUCCCUCCACUGGACAGGAGGCAGGUCCACACGUCUAGUUUUCAUGGUUUUCUUUACUGUAAUCUAUUUUCUGUGCCCCAUGCUGAUCAUUUUGGUGGUCUACUGCAAUAUGUUUAAGGUGGCCCGAGUGGCAUCCAUGCACCGUGGUCCCAACCCCACCUGGGUGGACACGUCGAGGCAACGCUCUGACUCUGUCAGCAGCCACUCCACCAUGGCGGCAAGCCUUGGCGGCACCGGAGCGCGUACAACUCCUCAAAGGACCUUCAACGGAGGGAAGGCCGCAGCAGUUUUGGUGGCAGUCGGCGGUCAGUUCUUCUGCUGCUGGCUGCCAUAUUUCUCCUUCCACCUCUACUCGGCUGUCAUUUCCACCGCGCCGGCCUCGCUGACCCAACUGGAGGGCGUGGUCACAUGGAUUGGCUAUUUCUGCUUCACCUCCAACCCCUUUUUCUACGGCUGCCUGAACCGUCAGAUCCGAGAGGAGCUGGGCCGCCACCUGGCUUGCAUCUUCAAGCGGGCCGGGCCGGUCGAGGGGGAGCAGCUGCCGAGCCGCGAAGCCUCCAUUGAGGAGAACUUUUUACAGUUCCUCCAGGGCACUGGAUGCAAUCUGGAGCCCUGCAACUCUCACAGCAGAGCGAGCCCGGAGGAGGCAGGAACUGAAGGUCCUCAAGAAUCAGCUGUUGAGCAGAACACGCCAGCUGACUUCCCCAUCCCAGGGCAGAUUCUUGAGGAAACUGCAGAGUUCAUACAGCAGCAACAGCUGAACAAUGAGCUUUGUGUGUCAGAGAACUGCUGCAAAACUGUGCCAGAGAUAUAACUGCCUCAUGUACUGUUUCUUCCACCAUCUAAUAACCCAAUGAACAUGUUCAGUUUUAUUCAUAGUGUUUCUUAUUCAUGCUGCAACAUUUUUUUUUCCAAGUGACAGAUCAAGCACACUGCAAAAUGUGUUCUAGAGUCGGGCUUUGGGUCAGAACCAGACGAACCCUUGAAGAAUUCCAGUUUUGCGCAUCGCUGGCUGCCCCGUUACAUGUUUUUGGGAGUCAUAUGGUGUCAUGCUGUUUUUGCUUCGCGUCACAUAACACUUGAUGUUUUGGUUACAGUUCAAGUGACGUGACGAACUUUAUAUAAACAUGAAGAGGCUCUGAGACAAUGCAAGAGCGUAAAUCAGGGAUAGAGUAGUUUUAAGUGCUGAAUGACUUCUUUAAUAUUCUCCACAAAUGUAUUUAUUUAUUGCAUGUUCAACAUCUAUCAGCACUUUUCAUAAAAACAAAGUGAUCUUGGGCUAAUGCACAAAGUGAAGCACUGUUUUUCAUGUCAAAAAAGGUGGAUUUGCAUAUUGUUUUUUAUUUUUUUAUUUAAAUGUUUUGAUUUCAGAACAAACAAAAACCUCUUUUCCAAUUAAUCCCAAUUGAUUCAGACAUAAAUAUUGAUAAAUCUUCUAAACUGGUGGUUUUCAAGUUGUUGUUUUUUAUAAGUAUCACCUUGGUAAGUAAUACUGUUUUUAAAGUAUCGCCAUACCAUCAACACACUGGAUGUGGAAAUAGAAAUCCAUCAGCUUCACUGAAGGAAGAGGCUUAAAAGCUCCGUUUUUACAAAGACAUUUAAUUUUUUCAGUUUGAAGAAAAAGUCAACAAAGAGGUUCUUAUGAAUCAUAAUUGUAAGAGAGAAAACAGGAAGUUUCUGAUCUGAAUUUAUUGCGAUACACGCAGUAAAAGAAACAGUGCUGAAUAACCCCUUUUCAAGAACUUGUUGCACAAAAUGUAGAGAAAAAACAUUGUCAUUAGCUUGUGUUGCUAACUGUAGUUAGCUAAGUAGGCCAACUAAGCACAUUAGUUAGCAAAUCCAACUGGUUUUUAAUUUGAUUUCUAACGUGGUUCAGUCAUACUUAGACCAAAUUUUUGACUUUGGGUGUAAAUGGAGUAAAUGGAGUUCUUACUUUGCAAAUUAUAGUAAAAAAAGAAAAGGUAUCGCUAAAUGCAGCCCAAGAACCGCAAUUCAAAAGUCAAAAGUCAAAAGUCGUGGAUUUAAACUAAUUAAGAAAAAUAACCACUAAAACGUACAGAAAAAAGUGCUUCACAAACUGCCGGCUUGAAGAAAGACAUUUUCUACUUUUACUAAAGAUUUUAUGUUAUUGCAUUGAAUCAUCUGUUUUCACCAUGCGCUUAUUUUCUGUUUUCACUUCAAACCACCAAGGAAAUAAAGGCUACAAUAUUCCAAAGGCUUUAAAGAAAAACGAUGCGUUGAAGCAACGUAACUUUUAUUGUGUUGAACAGGAUUGUUUCGCAGCUUUUGCUGCGGCUGGUAUUUAUAAUAAACAGGCUGACAGUGUAUUUUUAGCCAUUUUCCAGAAUGUUAUUAUCAUGUUUAUCUGUUCUUAGUCUUGUGAUUAUCACCUCCUCACCAAAAUGGGAGACUCGUGAUUUCAGCCCCUUCCACUCAAAGACAAACAUUGUGGAUGGUUUAGUUUGUUUAUCAGCAGCGGCGCGCGGUGCAGAAGGGGUUUUGGGCUCCGUCGGAAAACAGCAGCCCUUGCCAUGUUAGAAAAGCUGCAGGAACGAAACGUGGCGCUCAUUACACCCAGUGAUGUCUGCGCUGUUUACAGGUAAACACCAGAGCGGUGUGAGCACUCCCGUGUUUGUGCAAUAAGCAACCAGGCUUAUUGUGGCUACACACACAGCACAGAGGUGUGACAACGCUGGCACACAUGGAAAGCUUUGCCUUUGGCCUCGUUUAGCAACAAAUGGAAGACACUGGAGGCACUUUCCCUGUUCCCAGGCGGAAAGCCAGACGGUUUGUUCAAGUCACACUUGUAGUGAUUUGAACAAACGACAAAAGAAGACGACAGAUUUGCUAAUCUCUAAAGAAAAGGCACCUUUUGUGCUGUUUUCGUCUAUUUUGGACUCGUCUCGUACGGGAGAGUUGGCGCGAUCACAAGACUCUGAACACAAGGCAAACAGCCAAACCAAAAAAAUAAAUAAAUAAAUGUCUUUUUGUCAGGGGGAACAUAUAACACUCUUAAUUUCCUUGCUGUUUGACUUUGUUGCAGACAUGUUUUUGUUCUGUUUUAAAAUGUUCAUUUUUUGAAAAAAAGAAAAGAAUUAAAUUUGCUGAGUCACAGCCACAGAGCAACAUUGAACAUUACAAAAGACGACUCAGCGGCACCGUCUUCUGCGUUCCUCACUUUGUGUGUGUUAAUUUAUUAUCAGCACUUAUUAAACUGUUGUCUUUUCUUUACAAGAUCAUAUAAAUGCCUUGAUUUUCAACACCAGCGUUUAACAACAUCAGCAAAACUGCCCUGACCAGUCUGAUAAAAUGCUUUCAACUCUCUUCCUGCCAAACAUCUGUCUCUUCCAAAGAAGAAGCAGCAGCUUGCUGAGCUGGUGGAAGGUGGACAGUUUAUUUACUUUUUAACUGCAGUUUGUCCUCCGUAUCACACCAAAGAGAUGGAUGUGUUCAUUUUCCUUUGUGCAUCUCUUUUUUGUACCUGAACUGAAAAGACUGUUAUUCCUUGUGUGUAUUCUCCAUCUGCAGAACUCAUUAAAGACAGCAGAAAUUAUUUUAA